AUGUCGGAAGCACAUUCUUCGGAUAUAUCUACUCAUUUUUACAAAUUGGGUAAUUUAGGAGUAGUCAAUUAUUACAUAUACCUGUCGACUACUAAUAAUGACCAAUCAUUACUUGAGUUAGAACUUAAGAUUCGAUAUGAUAAUCCCAAAAUUUUAAUUACCUACUAUAAUAAGAGUCUUUACUAUUUUACAUUUGGUGAAGAAAAUAAUAAUAAUAAUAAUAAUAAUAAUAAUAAUAAUAAUAAUAAUAAUAAUAAUGAUAAUAAUACUAAUAAUGAAAAUGAAAAUGAACAUGAAAAUGAAAAUGAACAUGCAAAUGAACAUGCAAAUAAUACUAAACCUAAUUUGGAUCUAGAAAAGGAAUAUUCAUCUUUACAAUUAAAACAUUCUAAUACAGUAACGGCUGAAAGUUUAUCAUAUCCACCAAAGACAUCAAGUGUAUCAGAAAUUAAUGAUGAAUUUUUACCAUUUGCCAAUAUAAGCUUUUUAAAAGCAGUUAAAAAGAUGAUAGUAUUUAAUUUAUCAUGUAAGGGAAUAAUUCAUACAUUUGGAAAUCAUUGUGUAUUAAUAACUGAAAAUAAUCGAUAUUCUUUACUAUACAUUGAUCCAAUAUUAUUACCCAAGGGUGAUCUUUUACUUUCAAUAAUUGAAAAGGAAUCUACAAGUUUAUUUAAAUCUCAACAAAUUGAAAAUUUAGAUUCACCAAUAGAUACAAAUUUUGUCAUAUAUUUAAUUCCCAGUGGUAUAAGGUGUCAUUUAUUUGAUCCAACUAAUUUGGCUAAGAAUUUCUCUCAUAAGAAAGCUGUUGAUAAUGAUAAUUUACUUCAUUUAUUAAAGCUUUGUAUUGGUUAUAAUUCUGAACCAGUAGCAUGGAUUAAAUUAGUACCUAAUUUAAAACAUUUAAACAAUCAAACUUCUCAAAUUUCAAAAUUUAUUCAUAAUGUAGAUAAUAGAAAAUUCAUCUUAUGGCCAUGGGAUUUAUGUUUAUUACAAUUUGGUAAACAUGAAAAAUUAUCUUAUGAUAUAACAACUCAACUGUAUCAAAAUUCACUCGAUCCUAUGUCACUUAUUUCCGAUCUUAUAGAUUUCAACAUAUCUAAAAAUCAAGCUACUCAAACUCAGUCUGGAUCUCAAAUUCAAUCCCAUCCUUAUAGUAUAUCUAGUGUUGCAUCAUCUAUAGGUGGUAUAGGAUCAGUUGAACCAAGUACUAUAUUGGAACAAGACCCUCAUAAAGAUAUUAUGGAGAUUCAUGAUAUAACAACACCAAUGGUUAGUGAUAUAUUCUCAUUAGCCAAUCCAGAUGCAACAUUUGUAGGUAAAGAUAUCUCGGAUAUAAAUCCUAUUGUUGAUACAACUACUACUUCUAUGGUAGCUAAUCAAUCAGAAACUCAAGCACCUGAAGUAGAAGAAGAUAUGGAAAUUGAUGAUUUGUUUGGAGAUGAAGCGAGUGAUGAUGAUAUGGAUGACUUAUUUGAUUCCAAAAAUGAUAAUGAAAAUGAAAAUGACAAUGAGAAUGAUAAUGACAACAACGGUAAUGAAAAUGACAAUGACAAUGAUAAUAAUGAGUUACUUUCUACUGAUCUGAAGGGUGAUGUAAUGAAUAUAUCACCCGAUAAUAAGUCAACUGGUUCUGGAAAUAGAAAUAAAUUUGUAUCUUACUUAGAUAUUCCUAAAGAUCAAAUGACUAUUAAACGUCUAUCUACUCCUGAUUAUGAUGAUCCAGGUGCUCCAUUACCAAUCAUUCCUACACCCAUAAUCACACAAACAGGAUCUUCAUAUCCUACUAAUCCUCCAAGUUCUUUACCAACUAAUGUAGAUUAUAAUGAAGAUAAUAAAAUUCAAGGAGGUUCCCAUUCACAAGUAAUUCAACAAAAAUCAGUAUUUUCACCAAUAUUAUUUAAUCCAAUUAUCAAAAGUAAUAUUGAUACAAAAUAUGGUAAAGGAGGGAAAUUCUAUGUUGAGAAAGAAUCUUCAAUUGAUCCUGAAUCUGAAAAGAAACCAUUUGUUGCAAGAGCUACGAGUGUAAGUGGAUAUGAUCAACCAUCAAAGAAAGAAGUUGAAAGUUUGAAAUUAACUCAUGAUAUUCAAGUUGAAGAUGCAUUAUUAGAAUCAGAUGAAUCUUAUACAUCGGAAGAAAGUGAUGAAGAUGUAGUUCUUGAUGAAAUCUCUAAAUCUCCUCCAUUAAAGUUGAAUACUAUGAAUGAAUCAUUUGCAAAUAAAAGUAUAAUUGGUAAUGGGAAUGGGAAUGGGAAUGGGAAUGGGAAUGAUAAACAACUGUUUGGAUUAAGUAAUUUCAAUACUGGAGGCUUUGCAUCUCCAAAUGCUAGUGGUAUUAAUCGACUUGCAUCAAUUAAAGUUGAAUCACCAUUUGCAACUGAUUUACAUUCAGCUAUAUCUCCUAUGGAUUAUGAAAAACCCAAUACUAAUCAACUUCAACAACAAUUUAAUACUUCAACUUUUGAUACUAAUUCAAGACGAGUUAGUUCAGCUGAUGAAUCUCAAAAGAGUGUUAGUGAAUCUUCUAAUUAUUUACCAUUAAUUCUAAGAAAUAUUAAUGUAACCACUGUUCCUACUACAUUUUUUGUAAAUAAUUUGGUGUCAAAGAAUAUAUUAACUAAUUUUACUAUUAAUGAUGAUGAAAUAGAUAAUGAUUUAGAAGCUGUUCAUGAAAAUGAAAUGAUUGCUAAUUUGGCUCAUCUUAAUGAAUUAUUAGAAAUUUUAGUUCCAAAUUUAGUAUUUGAUUUAAAUCAAAGUCGUCCAACAAUGCCUAUUAAAUAUUAUGUUGAUGAAUCAAUUCCUGAAUUACAAAUUUAUGAAAAUGAAAAACAAAUAAUUGAAUAUAAAUUUGCCAAUUCAAACUUUGAAUCUAAAUUUUUUGAAAUCUUUCCUCGUUCAUAUAGAGUUCAUUUAUCGGAAUUUUUAUAUGAUUAUAAGGAAUUAGAAAAAUCAGAUGAAUUAGAUGGUCAACUUGACUUUUUAGAUGGUAUAACUAAUGAUGAUAUGGAUAUUCUUAAUCCCAAAUCUCAAUAUAAGAAAUUAAAGACUUUAGAAUGGAAUGGAAUAAUUGAUGAAAUUAAUUCUAAAGUAAAUUUUGAAAAGUAUAAAUUAAUAGUUGAUAAACUUAAUAAUGAUCUAGUUAAAAAUGAAGAAUUUUAUUUUAAACUUCCUCAAAGUAAAACUAGAGUAUUAAAAAAUAAUAAUAUAGUUAAUUUGAAUAGUUUAGGACUUAAUUUUUGGAAAUAUCUUGAUUUUAGUCCUAUUAAAUCAGAGAAGAACUUUCAAAUCUUAUUAAUUGCAGAACAUAAUGGAGAUAGUUCAUUUAUUGAUUCAUUUUUGAAUUCUAUUAUUCAUAAUUAUAGAGAAUGUAAUUUUGGAACUAUUACUAAAGCCAAUUUAUCAACGGUUGAAACAAGACCUGAUUUAGAAAGUAUUACUAAUGGUGUAUUAUUACUUAAUAAAGAAAAUGAAUAUUCAUAUAAUGAUAUAUAUUCUCAACUCAAUAAAAAAUUAAUAUCAUUAGUUGAACUUAUAAAAUUGGAUUUGAUUAAUAAAACCAAUAAUUUUGAAUUUGAUAGACCAUUACUCCUAUUGUUUGUCAACUUCAAUAAAAAGAUGAAUUCAUUAUUACAAGUUUCUAAAAUACUUCGAAAUUUUAAAGUUGCUUUAGCCAAUCAUCAAUUACCUCUUGUUCGAGUAUUUACUAAAAUCAUAUCGGGAGAUUUUUUGGUGAAAAGAUUGAAUAAACAAUAUAGAUUAAAGAUUUUAUCGAAUUUCAAAUUAUCUAAAUUAUCCAUGAAUUUAUAUAAUCAAUGUCCAAAUGAUCUGAUUAAUAAAGAAAUAGUUAAUAAUACUUAUACUACCUUGGUUAAAGAAGCUCCAUCUAAAAUUCAAUUUAAAUUUAUUAAUGCAAAUUUCAAAGAUAGUAACUUUAAUGAUGAUAUUUUUUUACAUCUUGCUUAUGAAAGAUCAUUAGAUAAAAAUUGGUUUGUGGUUGCAUGGUCUGAUCCUUUGGGUAUAGUAAGUUAUAGUAAAGCAUGGUAUUGUGCUAAUUCAUCAGAACAACCUCAUAAAUCAGAAGGUGGAAUUCAUGAUGUUGCUAGUAUUUGUGAUGAUAUUUGGGCUAAAUCAAAUGAACUCUUUAAAAAAUUAAAUAAUGAAUUUAUUAAUAAGUCCAGUAGUUUAGGUGGAAAGAAAUUUUUAGUAUUAACAAGAAUUAAUAGCGUAAUUCCGGAUGAUGAAUUAGUUCAUUGGAAAAGAUUAAGUGUUAAACAUAAAGAUAUUUCAUUAAUAGUUUUAUCGGUGAAUAGUUCACCUAAAUUAGUUUUCCACAAUGAAAAUGAAUUGAAUAAGGAUGAUAUAAAUAAUUCAAAUUCAAAUUCUAAUUCAUCUACUUCUAAUGUCAAUACCAAUAUCAUUCCUUCAACUCCUAGUACUUCUAAUAAUGGAUCUCCAUUAACUGGUCAAAGUAAUUUGGUUACUUCACCAAGUGGUUUAUCAUUCCAUUCACCACAACAAUUCCUUAAUGCUCCAGGUAAUUUCCUUUCACCUCUGGAGUUAUUACCAUCCAAUAGAGGUCCAAAUGGUGCAAAACUCAAUGAUUCUGAUUAUUUCUUACAAGAAUCAGGUACAGAUAUUGUAGGAAUUGUCCCUCAAGUAUGUUUACCUUGUUUUAAUUCUCCUACUAGAUUAGGUAUAAAAGUGGGGUAUUUAUUGAAGGAAAUAAAUAGUCGACUUCAAUCUACAUCAGGAGAUUAUUUAACAUUUGAUGUUAGUUUACUUAGUUGUUCUAAUUAUUGGGAUUUAGAUGUUUUGAUGAAAUUACUUUUAAAUCACUAUAAAAAGCUUAUAACUUUGAAUGAUAUACUUGGAUUAAGACGUAUUGAGGGCUCAAUUGAACGUAAUGAAUCUAUUGAUGUUAGAGAAGAACUUGAGUAUGAAUUAGCAGGAUUGGUUCCUUGGCAUAUUGCAGCAGUUGGUAAAGUGCUUGAUUUUUUGGUGCACGUAUAUGUAGAAGAAUAA